CUCAAAUUGGGGGGCUGAUGUCCCUGUACAUCUGGCUCUCGGUUCCCCUAACCCCAUAGUGCAGAACUGGGGCCCGAGUGGACCUCAGAUCUGGCCAGGUCGCCAUUGCCAUGGAGACAGCAGCAGUCCCCAGCCACAGGUUCCCUAAGUGACUGGUUACUCUUUAACGUAUCCACCCACCUUGGGUGAUUAGAAGAAUCAAUAAGAUAACCGGGCGGUGGCAGCUGGCCACACUCACCGCCUUCCUGGUGGACUGGCUCCUGGUGGCUCUGCUGCUGCUGUGUGCGGGCCCCUGCUCCUCCAUGCCCCCGGGUCUCCGGCUGGGUGGACUUGGCCAUGGUCAGUGUGAACGCGCCCCUCGGGGCUCCAGUGGAGAGUCCUUAUGACACGUCCCCGUCAGAAGGCACCAACCUCAACGCGCCCAACAGCCUGGGUGUCAGCGCCUUGUGUGCCAUCUGCGGGGACCGGGCCACAGGCAAACACUACGGUGCCUCGAGCUGUGACGGCUGCAAGGGCUUCUUCCGGAGGAGCGUGCGGAAGAACCACAUGUACUCCUGCAGAUUUAGCCGGCAGUGCGUGGUGGACAAAGACAAGAGGAACCAGUGCCGCUACUGCAGGCUCAAGAAGUGCUUCCGGGCUGGCAUGAAGAAGGAAGCCGUUCAAAAUGAGCGGGACCGGAUCAGCACUCGGAGGUCAAGCUAUGAGGACAGCAGCCUGCCCUCCAUCAACGCGCUCCUGCAGGCAGAGGUCCUGUCCCGACAGAUCACCUCCCCCGUCUCCGGGAUCAAUGGCGACAUUCGAGCUAAGAAGAUCGCCAGCAUCGCAGAUGUGUGUGAGUCCAUGAAGGAGCAGCUGCUGGUUCUCGUCGAGUGGGCCAAGUACAUCCCAGCUUUCUGCGAGCUCCCCCUAGACGACCAGGUGGCCCUGCUCAGAGCCCAUGCUGGCGAGCACCUGCUGCUUGGAGCCACCAAGCGAUCCAUGGUAUUCAAGGACGUGCUGCUCCUAGGCAAUGACUAUAUCGUCCCUCGGCACUGCCCAGAGCUGGCGGAGAUGAGCCGGGUGUCCAUGCGCAUUCUUGACGAGCUGGUGCUGCCCUUCCAGGAGCUGCAGAUCGAUGACAAUGAGUAUGCCUACCUCAAAGCCAUCAUCUUCUUUGACCCAGAUGCCAAGGGGCUGAGUGAUCCAGGGAAGAUCAAGCGGCUGCGUUCCCAGGUGCAGGUGAGCUUGGAGGACUACAUCAAUGACCGCCAGUACGACUCGCGCGGCCGCUUUGGAGAGCUGCUACUGCUGCUGCCCACCCUACAGAGCAUCACCUGGCAGAUGAUCGAGCAGAUCCAGUUCAUCAAGCUCUUCGGCAUGGCCAAGAUUGACAACCUGCUGCAGGAGAUGCUGUUGGGAGGGUCCUCCAGCGAUGCACCCCAUGCCCACCACCCCCUGCACCCUCACCUGAUGCAGGAACACAUGGGAACCAACGUCAUUGUUGCCAACACAAUGCCCACUCACCUCAGCAACGGACAGAUGUCCACCCCUGAGACCCCACAGCCUUCACCACCAGGUGGCUCAGGGUCUGAGCCUUAUAAGCUCCUCCCAGGGGCUGUCGCCACGAUCGUCAAGCCCCUCUCCGCUAUCCCCCAGCCAACCAUCACCAAGCAGGAAGUUAUCUAGCAAGCUGCUGGGGCUUGGGGGCUCCGCUGGCUCCCCUGACUCCCUCCGAGAGUGCCUGGUGAUCAUGUGGUCAUGGCAAAGGCAGACAUGACGCCAGGGCUAGUCCCAGAGCAGGAAUGGAAAAGAUGAAGGGCCUGAGAACAUGGGCUAAGGGCCACAUUCCAUUGCCACCCUUGAUACCCUGCUCUGAAUAACGAGACUUUGACUUGGGGGGGACCCCGGAAAGUCCUCUACUGCCAUGGACAACUUUUCUCAUAUUGAAGCAACUGUCUUCACCUUCAUCCAUGUCCAAACCCUGACUUCACCCCUUCACAGCUUUCUGGAGAUGACUUGAGGCCUUACUUAAACCCAGCUCCCUUCUCCCCUAGCCUGGUGCUCCUCUACUAGCCCCAGCCAUGGUGACCAGACAGAGCCCCGUGAGGCUAGGUCCAAUCGCAGCACUUGGGGCAUCUCGCUCCUCCUCCUUCUGCUGCCCCCACCUCAAACGCCCCCCUCUCUCUGCUCUCACUUCCUCCGCCAUCCUGUCUUCUCCAACACCACCUCUCCAGAGGCUGAGGAAGACUUGGAAACGAUUCCCCCAGUCAUUCUGGUAACACGUUGGAAGCACUGACUGGGGUCAGGCAGGGCAUAGAAGGCCGUGGCUAGGGAAGAUGCCUUCCUCCAACCCCCAGGCACCCUUCAGGGUCCUGGGUGGGUAUUCGGGGUGAGGAUCUCUGCAGGCUUUUCACCUGAGAAAACAAGCCCAGAUUGGCAACUGCAACAGGAACCUGGAGGGAGGCUGGAGUGGGGAGGAAAAGCAUCAGAAAGAAGGAAACCAUGUACUAGGCCUUUGAGAAAGGGGAGAAUUCUGGCCAGUAGAGCAGGAGAGAUGGGACAUUCCAAAGAACAGCCUGAGCCAAGACCUCGAGGUAGGAAGGAUCUAGCAAGGCUGGAGGAAGAAUGAUGUGGGAGAGAGACAAUGAAGAGAGAGAGGGCCUGCUGGAGAGCGCAGGGUCUGGAUACCAGGCUGAGGUCCUGAUCAGCUGCAAGGGGUAUGCAGGGAGCUGGGCUUCUGGGAAAUGAACACAGCAGUUCUGCAGAGGAUGGGAGACGGGGAGCUGGGUAGGGUGGCUGAUAUAAUGCGGGUGGGAGUAAUGAGGCUUGGGGCUGGCAAGGACAGAUGGGUAAACCUUCACAUCAGAGUGACAUCCGGGAGCAAUGAUCUCCCAAGGCCGGUCUCAAGUUCUGCCUUACUCCCAGGCACUAUUGUAAGGCAUAUGACGUGCACCGUCUCAUUUAAUCCUCCCUUCCUCCCCAUUAACCUAGAGAUUGUCUUUGUUUUUGUUUUUUAUUCUCCCCUCCCCCAGCACUCACCCACCCCACCACCCCCUAGCGAUUGUUACGGAAGAUGGAAUUGUGUUCUACACAUGCUCUGAGCCAAAAGAGGUGAAGUGAUUUUUUUCUGAAACUCACACAACUAGGAAGUGGCUGAGUCAGGACUUGAACCCAGGUCUCCCUGGAUCAGAACAGGAGCUCUUAACUACAGUGGCUCAAUAGCUUCUCCAAAGGCUCCCUUCGUUCUCACCGUAAUCAAGUUGAGGAGCUUCUGGUUCCCUUCGCCAGCCUCAGAAGCCACCACUCGUUCUUCUGGGAGCCCUGCCCACUCCCAGGACUAAGACUGGCCUGAGGCUGCACCAAAAUUCACUUAGAGUGGAGCAUCCUGUUUGCUGAUAAAUAUUAAGAAGAAUUCAUGACUCUUGACAGCUUUUCUCUCUUCACUCCCCAAGUCUAGGGGAGGGGCGGCAGGGGUCUGUUUCCUGGGAGCCAGGGUCAUCUGGCCUCUUGGUGUGGGGGUGGGACAGUGUGCCCAUGGGGGGGCAGGGGAGGACUAAGCAGGCCUGGGUUUGAGGCCUGCUCUGGGGACCGUCACUCCAGGCGCAUUCUGGAAACAUUAGACCCCCCAAUGGAGCGACCAGCAUGUCAUCCAUGUGAAAUCUUGGUGGCUUUGGGGACAUUCUGGAAAAUGCCACUGACCAGUGUGAGCAAAAGGAAUGCGUCCUGGGGCUGGAGGUGUGAUUAGGUAGGAGGGGAACUGUUAGGCUGACUUCUGCCCCCCCGAUCAACACUGACCCCUCUGAGUGGGUAGAGCCAGUGCCCCGUCCCCAGAAAUCCCACCAUUAGUGAUUGUUCUUUAUGUGUAAGAGGCAUGAAGAAGUAUUGGGGAGAUGGGUCAGAGAGGAGUCGCCACACCCCCAGGGCAGUCCCAGCCAAGCCCCCAGUCCCAGGAGAGACUGCACGCCUCUCAGAGCUCCCAAGACUUCCUCCACCACCUCACUAAGUGCCCCCGAAAUCCCCGCCAGACAGCUCAGCCUGGUCUGCAGCAAGGCAGGGAAGCUGGAACCACUUCUGGGUGUUGUGGUCAUUCCGCUCUGUUCCUCCUCCCCUCCCUCCAGUGUUGCUCAGGCCUCUGUCACGGGAGCAAAGCUGAGAUAAGAAUGUCCCAUGGAGUGCAGUGGGCACAGUGGCCCUUCAUGGGAGCAAUCUUUUGGAGCAGGGGGUCAGUUCUCUGCUGGGAAUCUACCCCUUUCUGGAUGAGAAACCCAUUCCACUUUCAUAAAUUUAUUGUAAUGUGAGAAACACAAAGUUUACUUUUUUGACUCUAAAUUGACACGACAUUAGAAAAAUCUCUUUCUUUUUUUUUUCUACCUGAAUUGUGGUCCUAAAACGUAAAAUCUGAUGGACUAACAGAGGGUUGCUGGGGGGAUAAGCAUGGGCACAACACUUCCCGCACCAAGACACCCCAAUCUUCAGGCAGGUCUCAGGAGCCUCUAAAAUCCACAUGGCUCUCCUGAAAGUGGCCAGAGGAGAGGAGAGGGUCAGAAAGGAACACUCUUCUGUCUCUUGUCAUGACCAAGACAAUUACUUUUUGCCAAAUUUUUCUGCCAUCUGCCCUGAUUAAGAUGAAUUGUGACAUUUGCAUCAAGCAAUUAUCAAAGCGGGCUGGGUCUCAUCAGACCGACCCACAUCUUUCUGUGGGUGUGAAUGUCAUCAGGUCCUGUGCUGACCCCUGAGCCCCCAUCACUGCCGCCUGAUGGGGCAAAGAAACAAAAAAACAUUUCUUACUCUUGUGUGUUUUAACAAAAGUUUAUAAAACAAAAUAAAUGGCACAUAUGUUUUCUAAGUCCUUGGAUGAGUAUCUUUUCUUUCUUCCAGGUGUCAGAAAUAAGACUGAGUCUUCUGGUUCUACUUGGAGGUUAAAAAAAAUGUUUUAAAGGAAGAAUGAGAAUGGUUUUAUAGUUCUUUGUGAUGUGCAGAAUGUUUUUGUAUCCAUUAUAAUUUUUUCAGUCUUCACAUCAAGAGGUAAGCAGUUAGACGUGAUUAUUCCCUCUUCCCAGAUGAGGAGACUGAGGCUUGUGGAAGUGAUUUAUCUUGAGAGGCAGAGGUAAACAACUAGCCCUGGUCUCCUGACUCCAAGCACAUAGUGUAUGAAGGAACGAAAGUUGAUUCCCCCUCCUGAAGACGGGAGUGGUGAGGGAGAGUACAAUGGAAAGAUCUGGAAGCAUGGCGAGAGGGUCCAAGGGUCUGUCAUCCUCCACCAAGGUCCAAGACAGAGCCGUUUUCUGGGCCACCUCAAUCUGCCAGGAUUGGGAGAUGAGCAGCCUUGGCGGCAUUUCAUAAAAGCAAAUGAUUUUGCUGUUGUUAUUGUUGUUUUAUUUUUCGAAGGACAAGGCUGUGCAUAGCGGCUCACAUCUGUAACCCCAGCACUUUGGGAGGCUGAGCCAGGAGGAUCACUUGAGCUCAGGAGUUUGAGACCAGCCAGAGCAACAUAGGGAAACCCCAUCUCUACAGAAAAUUUUAAAAUUAGCCAUGUGUGGUGGUGUGCACCUAUAGUACCAGCUACUCUGAAGGAUGAGGAGAAAGGAUUGCUUCCCCCCAUGAGUUCGAGGCUGCAGUGAGCUAUGAACGCACAACUGCACUACAGCCUGGGUGAAAGAGCAAGACCCUGUCUCAAAACAGAAAUAAUAAGUAAAAAAAAUAAAAGCAAGGGAUGCACUUGAGAAUCUCCAGCCAGACCUGUAGCUACUUAGGUCCUCUCCAUGGCUAAACUAUUAUAGAAGGUGGCCUUGUGUCUCAGCCACAGCAUCACAUCACUCGGGAUUGUACUGGAGCUGGCUUAUUAGAGCUGACUGCUAGCUUCUCUUUCCAACUCAAUGUUUGCCAAUGUCAUGCUGAUAGCUUGAAAUUGGCUAUUGCUGGAGUGUUUACACUGCAAGGACUAGCAAGCUAUACAGAGCAGGGCUUUUGUUCCUGGAGAGCCGGUUGUUAACAUUCACCAGCACACAACAGCAUUUGGCAAUAGCUGGACUGUGGGAUGGCUGCAUACAGGGACAUCUUCAUUGGGGAUGAGGGUAGAGCAGGGUGAUCCUUUUAGCUCUUCCUUAAAGGAGGAGACAAAAGUUCUGGUCUGGGAGGCACACGUCUUGCUGAUCACUGUAAACUUGGGCAGUUCACUCUACCGCUCCGAGCCUCAUCUGCAAAGUGGGAAUGAUCGCUCCCUACAGGAAAGAUGUCAAAAUGCAAUGGAAUGAAAUCACAGUAACUGUGAGAGCUCCCGUUACAUGGGCAGUACAAGUGAACUCUUCAUGUGCCCCUUUCUAGCACGAGGUUAACUAUUAAGCUCUCCAGCCUCCAGAGCACCCAUUCGCGGUCUGCCUGAUCCCUAGGGCCCCUCCCGCCUUCCCCUGUGCCUUCCCUCUACCCGUCAGCACCAGGAAAUGUUUUCGAUAACGUUGCAAUGGAGGCCUUGUCCAUGCCGCCGCCAUCAGGGACAUGGGGGAGUGGGGGCCAGAGGAGACUAUUUCAGUCCUAAAUUGUGCUUAAUAAAUCCAUAUCAAAACC